AUGCAGUUCACCAACCCUUUCUUGUUCAUCGUCCAGGUAUCGCUUGGGCUGCUGCGGAUUACGAGGGGAACAUCGCUAACCCCUGAUGCGCCGACGCAAUGGCCCCGACAUCGCUGCAGUGCUAGCGGAAAUCUGAUACCACAUCUGCCGACACUUGACCAGCGGUUCAAGGGCGUUGUCCACAUCUCCGGCACUCUACCGGAGCAAGGAUGCGCAUCGCCAACAACAUCGAGAUUCGACCCUAUAAAUCAAGGCGCCGACGGAACAUUCGGCAGUGGGCACGGCAGCUGCAUCAAGAUGCAGUUCACCAACCCUUUCUUGUUCAUCGUCCAGGUAUCACUUGGGCUGCUGACUACGACGGGAACAUCGCUAACCCCUGAUGCGCCGACGCAAUGGCCCCGACAUCGCUGCAGUGCUAGCGGAAAUCUGAUACCACAUCUGCCGACACUUGACCAGCGGUUCAAGGGCGUUGUCCACAUCUCCGGCACUCUACCGGAGCCAGGAUGCGCAUCGCCAACAACAUCGAGAUUCGACCCUAUAAAUCAAGGCACCGACGGAACAUUCGGCAGUGGGCACGGCAGCUGCAUCAAGAUGCAGUUCACCAACCCUUUCUUGUUCAUCGUCCAGGUGAGGAAAGACUACGGCAAAUCAUUCCGUAGUAACAAUACCUGCCUGCUAUUGCUGCCGUGCCCACGGCCCCUUGUAGAUGUGCUCUUAUUCAUUCGUUUCUCGUUAAGAUUUCUUCUGUUACUGGGGGGCGAUGUUGAAUCAAACCCCGGCCCCGGAGACUCCGUACUUGCCGAUCAACUAAAGGCUAUAGCGGACGAUAUCCGAGAAAUCAAAGCAGAAAAAUCUAUCACAAAUCAGAAAUUAAGUGCAAUUGACAGGAAACUUGAGAAACUAACAGGUCUUGAAAAACAAGUCUCCGCUUGCACAAAAAGAGUAGUUGAGCUCGAGGAAAACCUGGCAGCCAUGACAAAAAAAAUUGACGAACUGGAAAAUAGAAGUCGUCGUUCCAACAUCAUUGUGUACGGAAUCCAAGAAGAACCGAAUGAAACAACUGAAACGUUGCUUCGAACUACCAAAGAACGCGUCCUCGAAGGCUUGCUGGGCCUUGACAUUACAGGAAUUGAGAGGAUUCACCGACUUGGAAAACUAGUCAAAGAGAAUCCCACAAAAAGCAGACCCGUAAUCCUAAAACUUCUUGAUUACCGGGAUAAGGUCAGCAUCCUGAAAGAAUGCUUCAAAUUAAAAGGUUCUGGCUUUUCUAUCAGCGAAGAUUAUUCCCAUGCUGUACGUGAUGUCAGGAAAAAGCUCUGGAAUCGAACAAAAGAAAAUCGCGAUCGUAAAGAGAAAGUAAUGCUAACAUACGAUAAGGUGCGUAUAAAUGGGCGACUGUUUGCAUGGGACGAAGAGCGAAAUGAUAUUGUUGAAAUGAAAACAAAAAACGCAACACCUUUAACCGAACCCCGAGUCACCAGAAGCAAAAAAUAA